AUGUUCUACAUCUGGAGCUUCUUCCGGCGGAUCUUCCACCGCGCAGCAGCUCCUCGCACCUCGCCGCUCGUCAAUCUCCCCACCGACUGCGUCCUCAUGAUCAUCGAGCACCUCCCCGCCGUGGACCAAGCCUGCCUCGUCCUCACCUGCAAAUCCAUGCACUACACCUUUAAUUUCAUCCUUGACAACGAGCUGUUCCGCUUUCCACGUCUUUACCAGCUCCUCAUGCCCCAAAUGCAGCUCAACUUUGGCCACGCUCGUCGCCAGCUCCUUCGCCGGCUCGCAGGCGACAGCGACAGCAUCGCAUACUGCGCCAAGUGUCUCAAGCUGCAUCGGCAGGACCACUUUGACCUGGACUGGAGCUAUUUCUCGGGCCCGCCGGUGUACAAGCCGUACUGUAACCGCUCGUCCGGUGUUGUGGAUCUCUGUCCGUGCGUGAGCAUGACGGUUCUCGAUCGAAGGGCCGUGGUCAGGUACCUGGUUCAAACAGCAAAGAACAGGGUUGCUUACCUGAAUGGUCCUCUCGGUAGCGCAUUUGGGGAGGUGACUACAGAUCUCGGACUGCCUGGACUGUUCCACAAGUGCGAGCUGCGGACCAGCGGUAACAACCAAGUAUUCGCCCGCUUCCAGGCAACUCUCUACAUCAGCGACGACAACCAGCUCAUGGCGGCUACAUUGUGCACACCUAUGCAGGACCCCAGGAUUCCGUACUGGGAAUUCUCGGGACUGCCAAUCACCAUGUACAAUAUCGUGUUUGCCGCUGUGAAUCGCGACCUAAGCCGGCUCAUCGGCCCUUGGUUUUUUGACGAGGAAGACGAGGAAGACGAGCAAGGAAAUGUGGAUUGGACCGCCAACCCGAGGGAGCUGGAGGCAAAAAGAAGCCUGGGAUACUAUGACGAGCAUGUUGGCAACAAGCUCUGGGCAAGACAGACGAGGACCAGCUGUGGGGCUUUUGAGCGGGUGAAAAGAAUACACACCAAAGCGGCUCAGCUACACUCGACCAUCCGUCGUUUCAGCGAGACGGGAGUUGAGCAUUCGGGUCCAGAGACAUUCGCGAUACUUGACGUGAUGGGCGGGGACUUUUCGUUUGAGUUACCUUGA